AUGAGUCAACCUCAGGUCAAAAAGGAAGUGUCUGUGAAAAAAGAGGGCGAAGGCAAUAAUUUAAAUGAUGUAGUUGCAUCAAAAGGUACUAGUAAAUCAUCUACCCCAUCAUCAUCAACAGAUGAGGGAUGGCAAGAAAUUCCUUUAAAAUCAUGUAAUCAACAAGAACUUGAUGAUAUUAGAUUUCAUAUAAUGAAAUUUCAAACUAAACAAGAUGUGCGAAUUGUAGAAAAUUUCACUAAACCAGUGAGAUUACAUAGAAAAGAUCCUCGGAAUAUUCAAUUCCAUUUAACUAGGGAGGAAAUGGAGAUAAGAAAACGAGAACAAGAAGAAGCUAAAAGAGAAAAAGAAAGAGAAAGAGAUAAUAUUGAUGAUGAAGAUGGAGAUUUAGAAAUUGGGGAUAAAGAUGGAGAAGGAUCUAGUAGUAAGAUUAUUAAUCCAGAAGAUGAAACAAAAAGAGACUAUAGGAAAAUAAAUCCUGAAAUGGCGCAAGUUGCACCAGAUGGAGGUGCUAGAAAGAAUAAGAAGAAUUUAUUUAAACGUAAGACAAAGCAAGUAAAUCUUAUGGAUGAUGCAAAAAGAAAGUUACGUUAUGAAGAAUUCUAUCCUUGGGUAGUAGAAGAUUAUGAUGGUAAGAAUGUUUUUGUAGGGAAUUAUGAAGGGGGUUCAUCUGAAACAACCCAGGUAUUAUUUGUAUUUGAUAAAGAUGGAUUUAAAGUUGUUCCAGCUGAGAAAGUUUAUAGAUUUACUCCUAGAAAUAAAUAUGCAACUUUGACACUUGAAGAAGCUGAAUCCAAAAUGGAAAGACGAAGUCAUGUUCCAAGAUGGUUAAUGAAACAUAUGGAAGAAGGUCAAUCAGAUUAUAGAUUCAGAAGAAAUCAAUUUGGAGAAGGUCGUUCAGUUCCUGCUUCUAAUUUUAAUAGAGGGUUAAGAACAGUAAUUGGUGGUGAUGGAUCAUAUAAUGAUCGUGAUUCUGAUCAUGAUGAUUUAGAUUUUGAUGAAGAAUUUGCCGAUGAUGAAGAAGCUCCUAUUAUGGAUGGUGACGAAGAAGAAAAUAAAUUAUCAGAGCAAAGGGUUAAAAAGGAAAUGUUAAAGGCAGCACAUUUUGAUGGCCCAGGAGGAGAAAGUGAAGAUGAUGAAAUUGAUGAUUUAUUUGAAACAGAAAAAUCUAGAAAAGUCGAUAAAGAAGGUAAGAAAUUAAGAAAGGUUCUUAAUAAAAGAGAAGGUGGAGUCUAUGAUAGUGAUGAUGAAGAUGAUAAUUCAAAUCCAUAUUUGUCGAAAUCGGAUCUCGAAAGUGAUGAUAGUGAUGAUGAAGAUGUCGUUAAAGAUGAAGAAACUGAAGAUAAUCAGGGUCUUCAAGAUUCAGCCAAAAAUAUUCCUAGAUCAAUAUUUGCCUAUAAUUUUGGUGAUGGAUUUAUAGUAAUUAAAGCUCCAAGUGAAUUCUUGAAUGGAUUUCCUAAAGGAGAAUGGGUACCUAAUGGUAGAAAGCGUUUAUCAUCUGGUUUGGAAGAAUCUCCAACUAAAAAGCUUAAAACUGAAGAUUCUAGUAGUACCCAACUUAGAAGAGAUGCCUCAAGAGAUUCAACAUCACCUCAACCAGAAGCAAGUAUUGGUGAUUUAAAUUCUGCAGGUCCAGAUGGUUCUUUAGUUACUAUUCAAGAAGUAUUAGAUAUAGUUAGAGGUAAUCCUUUGACCACCAAAGAAUUACUUUCCCAUUUAAAGAGCAAAGUUAGUGCUCAUCCUGAUAACAAAACAAGAAUUAUUAGUAUAGUUAAACAAAACUUAAAAUUACAAGAUAGGAAGUUAGUGUUACGGGAGCAAUAG